AUGUCGACCCAAUUACAUCUAACAGGUCUUCUUCAAGCAAUCACUCGUACUCUGAAUGCAUUCAAUUUAGAAGCCGGUUCAGCUCUCAUCGAACGAGCAGUUGCAAAUAUUAAUGAUGAUCCUAACAAUACUCAAUUACUCGCUAAUCUAAAACAGGAACUUGGUCAAUUACCACCACUAGCAAACCUCAAUAUGCAUGGUGAGAUGCUUUGGUUCGUUCGAGCAGUAAUUGAUUAUGUACAAGCUGCCAAUGUGAUCGACAAAAAACUCGUGACUCGGUCUAUCGAAAAACUUUAUCGCGGUUUAGAACCAUAUGCUCGAAAUGACACACAACGAACGGCCUUGAUCGAAAUGCAAACCGCCAAAGAUGAUGCACUCGGCAUCGAGCUACGCCAUCGAAUACACACCAAACCAAUCAACAAAAUGAUCGACGAUGAUGAAGAGAAAGACGACGAAGAUUUACAUAGGACACAUGAGCUAAAGUCGAGCGGCUACUGA